AUGUCCUACAGAAGAGAAAGACGGAGUGACAAUAAUGAUUCAGAGCUGGAGGAUUUAAAGAACAGGUACUAUCAAGAAUUGAGAGACAAAAUAGUCAAAAUCAGGUAUUCUGGGAAAUAUCUCCAAUGCCCUUACUGUUGGGAUCAUAGGAGAAGUGAGUAUGAUUUCCGGGAGCUAGAAAGGCAUGCUUCUCGCAUAGCUAGAGACUCAAAGAGUGCAAGCUUUAAAGAAAAAGCUAGACAUAUGGGUCUACUUAAGUAUUUGGAUAGGUAUGGGGAUACAUUGCAAAAGUCACCACGAUCAAGUCGGAGAAAUUCUGAGAAAGAGGUGAGUUAUUUAGAUGAAAAGAGCAAAUCAGCAGAACUUCCUGGAGGAAAAGUGACUGAACCAGGGGAAAUAGUGACAACUGAACAGGGGGAAUUAGUGACUACUGAACCAGGGGAAAUAGUGACUCAACAGGGUGAAAUAGCUAUUGAGCCAUGGAAUAAAGCUUCUGAACCAGGGGAAAUACUUAAUGAAUCUGUGGAAACAAGUGUGUUUGCUAAAGAAUCCUCAGUAAAAUCUUUUGGUAGAACUACCAAAAGAAACUUGCGAUCUAAUUUUUGUGCAAUACCUGCCAGUUCGUCUACGCAUAGAGGUAAUGGUGAGCUUUUUGUUUGGCCUUGGAUGGCUGUUGUUGCAAACAUACCAGUUGAAUAUAAAGAUGGAAGGUAUGUAGGUGAAAGUGGUCGGAAACUGAAAGAGGAGUGGGUAAGCCAAGGGUACAACCCUGAAAAGGUUGAACCUUUGUGGAACUUCCGAGGUCACUCAGGGUUGGCAAUUGUAGAAUUUAACAAAGAUUGGGAAGGUUUUAAGAACGCUAUUGCAUUCGAGAAGUCAUUUGAAAGGGAUCACAGGGGGAAGAGAGAUUGGUUUGCAGCGAAGCAUAAAGGAGAUAAACUGUAUGCUUGGCUUGCCAGUGAAGAAGAAUACAGGUUAGAUGGUCCUAUUGGCAAACACCUUAGGAAGAAUGGAGACCUUACUACCGUGUCUGACAUACAAAGAGAAGAUAGAAGGAAAGAAUCAACUCUUGUGAGCAAUUUAGCAUAUGCAUUGGAGUCCAAGAGUAAGAAAUGUGAAGACAUGAAGAAGAACAUAGGCAAGACUGAAAUUUAUAUGAGAAACGUGAUAGUGCAAAAGGAAGAGAUGGUUCAAACCUAUAAUGAAGAGAUCAAGAAAAUGCAGCAAAAUGCAUAUGAUCAGUUCCAUAACAUUUUCAUGGAGAGUGAAAGAAGUAAAGAACAAUUGGAGGCUCAGAGAGUAGAGCUGGAAACACGGGAGAGAGAACUAAAACAACUCCGAGCCCUGAACAAGAGUGAGAAACUGAAGCUCGAUUGCCAAAGGAAAAUGAAUGAGAUGGCUCUUUUGGAACAGAAGAAGGCUGAUGAAAAAAUGAUGAAGCUUGCUGAGGAUCAGAAGAGACAAAAGGAACAACUUCAUGAAAGGAUAAUUGAACUUGAAGCAAAGCUUGACCAAAAGCACGCAUUGGAGCUUCAAAUACAGAGGAUGAGGGGUGCCGUUGAGGUAAUGAAACAUUUGACCAAUGAAGGAGAUAUGGAAGAUACGAAAAAGUUGGAGUUACUAGAAGAGGAGCUCAAGGAAAAGGAAGAAGAACAUGAAUAUUUGAGUUCUAUCAGUCAAAAUCUUAUUAUCAAGGAAAGGAAUACCAAUGACGAAUUGCAGGAAGCUCGCAAGGAGCUUAUCAAUGGCUUGAAGGACACCCGUUCUAACAUUUGUGUCAAGAGGAUGGGCGAGCUUGAUGGAAAGCCAUUCUCCAUAGCUGCCAAGAGAAAAUAUUCUCAUGAAGAUGUGGCGGAGAAAGCAAUGGAGCUGUGUUCCUUGUGGGAGGAGUACCUUAGGGAUCCUAGCUGGCAUCCCUAUAAGGUAAUCAUGGAUGGAGAAAAUGCUAAGGAAGUACUCAACGAGAAUGAUGAAAAGUUGAAGGAACUGAAGUCUGAAUUCGGUGAUGAAGUGUACGAGGCUGUGAUUACUGCUCUGAAAUCUUUGUUAACCUCCUACACUAAUAACACUUCUCACAAGCUAGGAUUGAGGCUGAAAUCGAAAUUCCUUGGGCCUAUCAGCAAGAUUGCUUUGGCUGGGAUUCUAGUACAGGGGUCUGAUUUAUCAAUCGGCUGCAAGUCUCAUCUGGGAUUAAAGAGAACAAGGCACUUUUAUAAUUCCUCAACUUUCAGCGAGGGAAUAAUACUAAAGAUGUUCAAUAAGGCUUUAGAUUACGAAUCCCAAGAAAAUAUUAUGUGGAGAAGCAGAAAUGCAAACACUACAAGUACACCAUCAUCUGCAACUAGCAGCCAUAAUAGACAUAAUAAUGAACAUCCCACACAUAUUGAUUGGGAAGACGAGUACGAAGAUAGUAGCUUUGGCCUUCAUCAAGAAAGCAGUUAG